AAGAUAGUGGGCAAGAGCAAAAGGUAUAGAUAGAAAUGCAGUUCAUGAUUGUAUACACCUUACAAUCGGACCCAAAAUUUGUUAGUUUACUUUCUGUCCAGCUCUCAUAUCAUUCGAAUCCUUCCAUUAACUGAAACACAGCAUGGUUGUAGAGUUCGACAGAGGUAAAGUAUUGGGCCAAGGCACAUAUGGCACAGUAUUUUUGGGCACUUUUAAAGAUGAAAAAGUUGCCGUCAAGAGGAUCCAAAUAAGAGCGGGCAUUGAUGUCAAUGAUGCCCGUCAAAGUCGUGAAGAAGAAGCCAUGAAAAAAUUGGAACAUCCUUAUGUUCUCAAAUUAAUUGAGGUUCAAAAAGACCUCGAUUUCAAGUAUUUUAUAUUGGAACUAUGCCGGGGAACAGUUAAGCACUACAUCGAAGGAAAGUAUACCGACCCGAUGCCUUCUGAAAUCGACGGGAUGAUUCAAAUGGCAAGCGGAUUGCAAUACAUUCACUCGCAACAAUUUGUCCAUCGAGAUAUCAAACCGGCAAAUGUAAUGAUUUCUGAAUCCUACGUUCUGAAAAUAUCGGAUUUCGGAUUCUGCCGACCAGUUACAGCUUCCGGAAGUUUUUCCAUGUCCAGCGGAGCCAAAGGCACCAAGAUCUAUAACUCUCCGGAAUUCCACGAUUCGGAAUACAAAAGCCAAGAGGAGAAGGAAAAAAUUCGAGCAAAUGUGUCGACAGACAUCUUUUCUUUAGGUUGUCUGUUUCACAGUUACAUCACAAAAGGCGGUCAUCCUUUCGCCAAAGAAAAGGUGACCAACGAAGCCGAAACCAUUGACAACAUCAGAAAUGGGGAAAGGUUUCUUAAAAACGGCGAGUCUGGUCUUUCAGACGAUCAUUAUGCAUUUUCAAUGAUCGACGGGAUGACGGAGAUGAUGGCAACCGACCGUUGGAAACUAGACCGAGUUUUGGAAACUCUGGAAAGUCAGAAGCUGAAACUUUCGCAGGAAUGAAAGGCACUUCAAAUUAAUUUCCUUAAAAAUUCACCUUAGAAACAGUUGAAGAUGCACGUUGCAAGUUAAAUACAACAGCAGUCAAGCUACCA